GUGGUGAGGAAAUGGUAUUUUUUUCUUGUUGUUCCUGGCUUGUUUUGUUCCUGAAGAUCUCGGAGCUCUCCUAGGAGGUUAUACAGUGUUAGUCCGUUUUCUUCCUGACCUUGCGCUGUAGUCUUCCCUUUUCUUACUGGCGAGGCCACGGUGCUCACUUGAUUUAUUUGCUAAGCUGGGAGCCUCCAGUGGAAGCCGAGCAUGGGUUGGGGGUCGGUGGGGGGCGGUGUGUGCUGUGAGAGGCCGGGAGAGGCCAGUCACUGGGGACAGGUUACAUUCCCUUCACCGCGUGACGGGAUAUCCCUAGAGGACGCCACGUGAGAAGAAAAGCCUGUCCACGACCCCUCGAGGCCCUAGUCCUGAAGCCUCCUCUCCAGGGAGACCCACAGGCUCUCCAAGUGUUCUUUCCUUGACGGCCCGAGGGCGCCGCUUUCCAGGGAAAAUCCUGAGAACGGAAAUGCCCAGUAGGAUAAUGGCCUAAAGCAGAUCACCAGGUGUGAGCUCCCUUAUACCCCAGAUCAGCUCCGCACAGAUCUCAGACACUGUUUUGUGGUGUGGAGUUGAGUGAAGCGAAGGGAGCCGCUGCGGAAGAGACGGUCGGUCCAGGCGGAGAGACAGACCGGGCCGGGGCCGAGGAGCGGUGUGUGAGCUGCCUGUGCUCUCUCGUUUCAGAACGCGCGCAGCACUGCUCUGGGACGCCCUUGCCGGACGCAGUAGCCGCUUCGCCAGCCUCGGCUUUCAGCUAUGGAGUCGCUCCCAGAAAUCAGCUGGUGUCGGGAGCACAUAUGUUUGGAGCUGUUGCUAAGGUGACGCGCCUCAGUCGCACCCACACAGUCUUUCUGGAAGUUGAUGACCUAGGGACCUGCACACACAGCCCUGAGAUGGAUUCACUGUGGAGAGAAACAGGACAGCCUUGUUUUCGGGUCUUGCCUCUAAUCUCUUAUCGAAUCGGUGCAGCUGACCUUCAGUUCCAUUUCUGGCUGUAAACAUUCAAGGGCAUUCUUAGGUGUGUAAAGACGUGUGCGGAGGCGUGUUCACGGCGGGGUGAGCGGAGCGGGAGGUGUCUCUGGGAGGAGGCGGCCGCUCGGCUGGGAGUGGAGCCGACGGUCGAUGGCGAGACGACGGCCGCAUAGAUGAAGACCAGGUGAGGGAGGAGAGCCAUGCCCAAGGGGGGGUGUUCGCGGACGCCGCAGCCCGAAGACCGCUCCCUCGGCAGCGACAUGGUGGAGAAGCAGACGGGGAGGAAGGAUAAAGAUAAAGUUUCUCUGACCAAGACCCCAAAGCUGGACCGCAGUGAUGGAGGGAAAGAGGUGAGGGAGCGAGCGACCAAACGGAAGCUGCCCUUCACCGUGGGCGCCAAUGGAGAGCAGAAGGACUCGGACACAGAGAAGCAGGGUCCUGAGCGGAAGAGGGUCAAGAAGGAGCCCGUCACCCGGAAGGCCGGACUGCUGUUUGGCAUGGGGCUGUCCGGGAUCCGAGCCGGCUACCCCCUCUCCGAGCGCCAGCAGGUGGCUCUCCUCAUGCAGAUGACUGCCGAGGAGUCCGCCAACAGCCCAGUAGACACAACACCAAAGCACCCCUCCCAGUCGACAGUGUGUCCGAAGGGGACGCCUAACUCUGCCUCAAAAACCAAAGACAAAGUGAACAAGCGGAACGAGCGCGGGGAGACCCGGCUGCAUCGCGCGGCCAUCCGCGGGGACGCCCGGCGCAUCAAGGAGCUCAUCGGCGAGGGUGCGGACGUCAACGUCAAGGACUUCGCAGGCUGGACGGCGCUGCACGAGGCGUGUAACCGCGGCUACUACGACGUCGCCAAACAGCUGCUGGCCGCGGGGGCGGAGGUGAACACCAAGGGCCUGGAUGACGACACGCCCCUGCACGACGCGGCCAACAACGGGCACUACAAGGUGGUGAAGCUGUUGUUACGGUAUGGAGGGAACCCUCAGCAAAGCAACCGAAAAGGCGAGACGCCACUAAAGGUGGCCAACUCCCCGACCAUGGUGAAUCUCCUGUUGGGCAAGGGGACCUACACAUCCAGCGAGGAGAGCUCGACCGCAGAGAGCUCGGAGGAGGAAGACGCCCCGUCGUUCGCGCCCUCCAGCUCGGUGGACGGCAAUAACACGGACUCGGAGUUUGAGAAGGGCCUGAAGCACAAGGCGAAGAACCCGGAGCCCCAGAAGACUGUGACCCCCGUCAAGGACGAGUACGAGUUUGACGAGGAUGACGAGCAGGACAGAGUCCCUCCCGUGGAUGACAAACAUUUACUGAAAAAGGAUUACAGAAAAGAAACUAAGUCAAAUAGUUUUAUUUCUAUACCCAAAAUGGAAGUGAAAAGUUACACUAAAAAUAACACAAUUGCACCAAAGAAGGCGGCUCAUCGCAUCUUGUCAGACACAUCGGACGAGGAGGACGUCGGUGUCACUGUGGGGACAGGAGAGAAGCUGAGACUCUCGGCACACACGCUACUGCCCGGGAACAAGACACGGGAACCCUCCAAUUCCAAGCAGCAGAAGGAAAAAAAUAAAGUGAAAAAGAAGCGAAAGAAAGAGACAAAAGGCAAAGAAGUGCGAUUUGGGAAGAGGAGCGACAAGUUCUGUUCGUCAGAGUCAGACAGCGAGUCCUCGGAGAGCGGUGAGGACGACGAGGACUCGGCGGGGAGCUCCGGCUGCCUCAAGGAGUCCCCGCUGGUGCUGAAGGACCCGGCCCUGUUCAGCUCUCUGUCCGCCUCCUCCACCUCGUCCCACGGGAGCUCCGCCGCCCAGAAGCAUAACCCCAGCCACGCGGACCCCCACACCAAGCACUGGCGGACGGACAAUUGGAAAACUGUGUCCUCGCCGGCCUGGUCCGAGGUCAGCUCUUUAUCAGACUCCACAAGGACGAGACUGACAAGCGAGUCUGACUGCUCCUCGGAGGGCUCCAGCGUGGAGUCGCUCAAGCCCGUGCGGAAGAAGCAGGAGCACAGGAAGAGGGGCGGCCUGCAGGGCGCCCUGUCUGAGAAGAAGAACUUCCACGCCAGCGCGGACGGCGCCAUCCCCAAGCUGGACAAGGAGGGGAAGGUCGUCAAGAAACACAAAACGAAACACAAACACAAAAACAAGGAGAAAGGGCUGUGCUCGGUCAGUCAGGAGCUCAAGCUGAAAAGCUUCACCUACGAGUAUGAGGACUCCAAGCAGCGGUCCGAGAAGGCCAUCCUCCUGGACAACGACGUUUCCGGCGACAGCAAGUUGAAAGCCUUGAAGCACGACAGGGACCACUUCAAGAAGGAGGAGAGAGUUGGCAAAAUGAAGUCUGAGGAGAAGGACUGGCUCUUUAAAGAGGAGGUGGUCAAGGUUUCCAAGGACGAGAAGUCCCUGAAGAGAAUCAAAGACGUGAGCAGGUCUUUCCGAGAAGAAAAGGACCGUCCGAGCAAGGCCGAGAAGGAGAGGUCCGUGAAGGAGGAAAAGCUGAGGCUGUACAAGGAGGAAAGGAAGAAAAAGCCCAAGGACAGGCCCUCGAAAUUGGAGAAGAAGAAUGACUUUAAGGACGACAGACUUUCGAAGGAGAAAGAGAAGACGUUCAAAGACGAGAAAGAAAAACUCAAAAAAGAAAAGGUUUAUAAGGAAGACGCGUCCGCGUACGACGACUACUGUAACAAAAGUCAGUUCCUGGAGAACGAAGACACCAAGUUCAGCCUUUCUGACGACCAGCAGGACCGGUGGUUCUCCGAGCUGUCCGACUCGUCCUUCGAUUUCAAAGGGGACGACAGCUGGGAUUCUCCCGUGACGGACUACAGGGACGUGAAGAGUGACCCCGUGGCCAGACUGAUCCUGGAGACCGUGAAAGAGGACAGCAAGGACAGGAAGCGGGACAAGGGCCGCGAGAAGCGAGACUACGGGGACAAGCGCGGCGACAGGGACGCCUUCUUCCGGAAGAAGGACAGGGACUGCCUGGACCGGAGCUGCGAGAGGAGGAGGGAGCCCACAGAGAAGCACAAAGGCCUCCCCGGCGGCCUCCCCGACAAGAAGAGGAGGGAGUCGGCCGAGGGCGGGCGGGACAGGAAGGACCUCCUCGAGGGCACCAAGGAGCGGAAGGACAGCAGGGCCAAGCCCGAGGAGGCGCACCGGGAGGAGCUGAAGGAGCCGGGCGGGGAGGCCGGCUUCAGGGACAGGCCCGACGGCGACUUCGGGAAGAGCCUGGAGCCCUGGGAGCGGCCCCAGCCCGCCAGGGAGAAGGAGAAGAGGGACCGAGUGAAACUGGAGAAACACAGGGACAAGGGCGGUGACAAAGAUAAAAGCGAAAAAUCCGUCCUUGAGAAAUGUCCGAAGGACAAGGAAUUUGAUAAAUGUUUUAAAGAGAAGAAAGAGGCCAAGGAGAGGCACAGAGACGCGCACGGCAGAGACAAGGAGCGGAAGGCGUCCCUGGACCCCGCGAAAGAGAAGAGGGAGAAGGCGCUCCCCGGGCUUCCGUCCGAGGACGUCCCCGAGAGGAAGGGCAAGGAGAAGAGCUGGUACAUCGCGGACAUCUUCACCGACGAGAGCGGGGACGAGAGGGACACGGGCGCGGCCGGCGGGCUCCGGCUCGGGGAGGCCGGGGACGCGGCGCGGGCGGACGGCGCCCCAGACGCCGACCGGCCCCGGAAGCGCUCCGCCGAGCGGCAGCACUCGGAGAAGCAGAAGGAGCGGGAGCUCCGCGAGAAGAGGAGGGAGAGGGGCGCCCCGGACGGCGGCAGGGACAAGAAGGAGAAAGUCCUCGAGAAGCACAAAGACAAGAAGGACAAGGACAGGAAAGACCGGACGUGCGUCGAGGGCGCGCAGGAAAAGAGAAACAAGCAGAAGCCCCCGGAGAAGGUGGAGAGGAAGCUGCCUGCUGAGGACAAGGCCAAGAGCCGGCACCGGGAGAGGCCGGACCGGGAGCACUGCCGCGACAGGAAAGCGUCGCGGAGCGCGGAGGCCGAGAAGAGCCUGCUGGAGAAGCUGGAGGAGGAGGCCCUGCACGCCUACAGGGAGGACUCCAACGACAAGGCCAGCGAGGUGUCCUCGGACAGCUUCACGGACCGCGGGCAGGAGCCGGGCCUCAGCGCCCUCCUGGAGGUGUCCUUCUCGGAGCCCCCAGAGGAGAAGAUCAGGGAGAAAGAGAGGCUCAGACACUCCUCGUCCUCGUCCAAGAAGAGCCACGACCGAGAGAGAGUCCGGAGAGACAAGUCCGAGAAGAGAGACAGGAGUGAUGACCACAAGGACCCCGGCGGCAGGAAGGACCCCAGCCAGUACGACAGGGACUUCUCAGACGCGGACGCUUACGGGAUUCCUUACAGCUCGAAAGCCGAUGCGGAGGACGGCUCGGAGAAAGCCAUCGAGCCCUUCUCCACUGAGAAGAAGGAGAAGAGCGAUCCUGAGAGAGAAACCUCCAGAAAAGUAGAGAAAGAGCUGAAGCCCUACGGGGCCAGCGCCGCCAGCGCCCUCAAGGAGCGGCGGAGGAGGGACAAGCACCGGGAGAAGUGGAGGGACGACCGCGACAAGCACCGGGACAGGCACGGGGACGGGCUCCCGCGGCACCACAAGGACGAGCAGAAGCCUGUGGCCAGAGACAAGGACAACCCCCCAAACCCGCUCAGAGACAAGUGCCGGGAGGAGAGCCUCAAACUCGGCGACACCAAACUGAAGGAGAAGCUCCGGGAAACCGCCGAGAAGGAGAAGAGUGACCCGGCGAAGGUCAGCAACGGAAGCGAGAAGCUGCCAGUGUCCAGAGACCCGGGCAGGAGAGACGCCCGGCCCAGAGAGAAGCUUCUGGGGGACGGUGACCUGAUGAUGACCAGCUUCGAGCGCAUGCUGUCCCAGAAAGACCUGGAGGUCGAGGAGCGCCACAAGCGGCACAAGGAGCGGAUGAAGCAGAUGGAGAAGAUGCGGCACCGGUCGGGGGACCCGAAGCUCAAGGAGAGGGUGAAGCCCGCGGAGGACGCGCGCAAGAAGAGUCUGGACGCCCCUCCCAAGAAGCCGCUGGCGCUGGACCCCGCUCUGAGGGACAGGAAGCCCAAGGACUCAGCUCCUGCCCCCCCGGCCGCCGAGAACAAGCCCCACCCGGGACCAGCCGUGGACACGAGGGACUGGUUGGCGGGGCCGCACAUGAAAGAGGUCCUGCCCGCUUCUCCCCGGCCUGACCAGGGCCGGCCCACCGGGGUGCCCACACCCGCAUCUGUGGUGUCGUGCCCCAGCUACGAGGAGGCCAUGCACACGCCCAGGACGCCGUCCUGCAGCGCCGACGACUACUCCGACCUCAUCUUUGACUGCGCAGACCCCCAGCCCGUGUCCAGCACGUCCGCCAGCGCCUGCUCCCCCUCCUUCUUCGACAGGUUCUCCGUGGCCGGGAGUGGGGUUUCGGAGAGCGCGAGCCAGACGCCUACGAGGCCGUUGUGCACAAGCCUUUACCGUUCAGUCUCUGUCGAUAUCAGGAGGACCCCCGAGGAAGAGUUCAGCGCCGGGGACAAGCUGUUCCGACAGCAGAGUGUCCCCACCGCGCCCACGUAUGACUCACCGGGGCAGCACCUGGAGGACAAGGCCCCUGGGCCCCCAGGUCCUGUCGAGAAGUUUGCCUGCGUGUCUCCGGGGUAUUAUUCCCCGGACUACGGCAUCCCCUCCCCCAAAGCGGACGCCCUGCACUGCCCGCCUGCGGCCGUGGUCACCGUCACCCCCUCCCCAGAGGGUGCCUUCUCUGGUUUACAAGCAAAAUCCCCCCCUGCACACCGAGAUGAGCUGUUGGCCCCAUCCAUGGAGGGAGCCCUUCCCCCUGACUUGGGCGUCCCUCUGGAUGCCACUGAGGCCCAGCAGGCCACUGCCGCCAUCAUUCCCCCGGAGCCCAGCUACCUGGAGCCGCUGGACGAGGGGCCCUUCAGCGCGGUCAUCACGGAGGAGCCCGUCGAGUGGGCGCACCCAGCGGCCUCGGAGCAGGGCCUCUCCUGCAGCCUGAUGGGGGGCACCCCUGAGAACCCCGUCAGCUGGCCUGUGGGGCCGGACCUCCUGCUUAAGUCCCCCCAGCCACUCCCUGAGUCCCCGCAGCAUUUCUGCCCUAGUGAGGCCGUCCACCCUGCUGCUGCAGGGCCUUUUGGGGCCACAGAACCCCCUUACCCGGGCUCCCCUGACUCGUACCCUCUGUCGGCCACCGAGCCUGGACUUGAGGGCACCAAGGGUGACGCAGCAGAGGCGGUUCCAGCCGCUGUCUCCGCCCCAGAAGAGCCGGCAGCCUUCGCCCCCGCCUCCAGGCUGGAGCCCUUCUUCACCAACUGCAAACCGCUGCCGGAAGCAUCUCCGGACAUGGCCCCGGAGCCGGCGUGUUUGACCACCGUGACUCAGGUGGAGGCUCUGGGGCCCGUGGAAAGUAACUUCUUGGAAAAUGGGCAUGAUCUGUCGGCCCUCGGCCAGGUGGAGCCAGUGCCCUGGCCUGACGGCUUCCCCAGUGCUGAGGAUGACCUCGAUCUGGGGCCCUUCUCGCUGCCAGAGCUUCCCCCUCUUCAAGCGAAAGACGUUUCUGAUGUCGAAACAGAACCUAUAGAGGAGACGGCCCUCGCUCCUCCGGGAGAGACCCCCCCGGGGCUCCCUGGGGUCCCGAGUGGUGGGGAUGGCCCUGUGGCAGCUGCUGAGGACCAGCCUGUGCUGCCUCCUGACCAGGGGGACCCCCGGCUCCCCACCGAGCCGGAGCCUGAGCCCCCCGAGGAGCCCAAGCCAGAUGUCCCCCCGUUGCCGUUGGAAGCUGCGGUGGAAGGGGGGCCCAUGUUGGAGGCGAGGGUCCCUGAGGACUCCGACUCCGGCCUGGGGCCCGCAGCGGCACCCCCCGAGGAGCAGCAGCCGCCGGGGAGCGGAGAGGGGGAGGCAGAGGGCCAAGAUCCGCCGGCCGCGUCCCACGGCGUGCCUGACGCCCCCGGGGACGGCUUGGCCCAGGCGCUCGCGGCGGACGGGGCCAGCCCUCUCGACGGCGCCAGCCUCGACGGACCCCUGGGCGGCGUCCAGCCUGACGCGACGGAGCCGGAACCCAAACCCGCGGCCGAAGCCCCGAGGGCCCCCAAAGUGGAGGAGAUCCCUCAGCGCAUGACCCGGAACCGGGCCCAGAUGCUGGCCAACCAGAACAAGCAGAGCUCGCCGUCCUCGGAGAAGGAGCCGGCGCCCGCGCCCCGCGCCAAGGGCCGCUGCUGUGAGGAGGAGGACGCGCAGGCCCAGCACCCCCGCAAGCGCCGCUUCCAGCGCUCCAGCCAGCAGCUGCGGCAGCAGCUCCCGUCCACGCGGCAGACGCGGGAGGUGAUCCAGCAGACGCUGGCCGCCAUCGUGGACGCGAUCAAGCUGGACGCCAUCGAGCCCUACCACAGCGACCGGUCCAACCCCUACUUCGAGUACCUGCAGAUCCGGAAGAAGAUUGAGGAGAAGCGCAAGAUCCUGUGCUACAUCAGCCCCCAGGCCCCGCAGUGCUACGCCGAGUACGUCACCUACACGGGCUCCUACCUGCUGGACGGCAAGCCGCUGAGCAAGCUGCACAUCCCCGUGAUUGCGCCCCCUCCGUCCCUGGCGGAGCCCCUGAAGGAGCUGUUCAAGCAGCAGGAGACGGUGCGGGGGAAACUGCGUCUGCAGCACAGCAUCGAGCGGGAAAAGCUCAUUGUCUCCUGCGAGCAGGAGAUCCUGCGGGUCCACUGCCGAGCGGCGAGGACCAUCGCGAACCAGGCAGUGCCGUUCAGCGCCUGCACCAUGCUGCUGGACUCGGAGGUCUACAACAUGCCGCUGGAGAGCCAGGGCGACGAGAACAAGUCUGUGCGCGACCGCUUCAACGCCCGCCAGUUCAUCUCCUGGCUGCAGGACGUGGACGACAAGUAUGACCGCAUGAAGGUGUGCGGGGAGCAGCUCCUGUCACCAGCUGGCGGUCAGACCUCUGUGGGACCCCACCUUGAGCCCUCCUCAAAGGUCACAGCACACACCCAGCUCCGCUGCUCUGGACGUGCCCAGUGCGGCAGGCAGGAUGGGUGGGGAGGUAGAGAGAGAUUAGCACGCAAGAGGCACAGGGAACUGCCCCCACGUUUUCUUGAUGCAGGGGACUUGCACCCAGGAUGGUGGAAAGAAGGGGCCCAGGUUCCCAUUUCUGGGAACCAGGAUGAGAAGCUGAGGGUCAGCACGGGAGCUCGGUGUGUGCGUCACACACCAUGGCUGGGGCUUCGGGCUACUUCCUCCCCCGGCGGGCAGCGAGCGGCUCGCACCCUACAGCCACACUUCGGGGCACAGAACCAAGAGAACCCAUGCUUACGGGUACAACCUCUCUUACAAACAUCAAUGCACCUGAAUCAUUUGUAAUAAGAAAAAGGAAAAAAGAUAAUUGCCAUAUACGUAGCAGGGCUUCUCAAGCUCGUACUUCUGUUUGGUCAGAGGAGUCUGCUGCGUCCUUUUUCCUGAGUGACAGGUGUUCAGCGGCAUGUGUGGCCUCCACCUGCUGUGGCCAGCAGCACCCUCCCAAGCUGUGGCCGCCGCAUCUCUGAGCAUUGCCGGGGGGCCGCACUCUGAGCAUUGUUCCGGGGGCGGGGUGGGGGGCGAACCAGGCCCGCGGGGAGCUGCUUAGAUAGAACAACGAAGAGGAACACAGUCCGUCCCGUCAUGCACGGUUUGUGUGGUAUGGCCGGGUUUACGUAAA